AUGAUAUUGGAAAAAUGGCAGCGUAACGUAACAGUAUUGAAAGCUGGUCGCCUUUUGAGGGAGGGAAAGCCUUUCAAUAGGAGCCCUACUUCCCUCUUUGCGACCUCAUCACUUCAAAGCGCAAACCCAUUUCUUUCUGAGUCACCGGGCGGAGCGCACCUUUGGUACUUUGCUUAUAGCUUUUUUAGAGGAGGAAAGGUGGGCAGCAGGUACCACGAGCCCUCUGUCCCACACAUCUAUCCAGAAGCAAGUGUAGUUCACCGGUUCCACCGAAUGCUCCUAUCUAUCGGCAAAGAUCGUGUGAGUGUGCAGUUAUGCUUCGGAUGCUUCGCCAGAAUAGAUCGACCCAGUUCCUGUUCUUUUCCGGUGCACUCGCUUUAUAUCUCCGACACACAAGGAAGGACGCGGUGGGAAGGAAGCAGCCCUAGCCUCUGUCCGGCCGAUCAUUCCGCUGGCAUCUUGCAUUCACGCCUCCGUUUGACUGCCGCUCGGGGAUGGAGUUGUAGAUACGUUAGUCUUAGCGGAUCGUUGGCUCCACCUGUUAUCUCCUUCUACGACAUGCUGUUGUCGUCGCUAUAUUCAAUAUGUCACUUAGUCAUCUCUGCCUCGCUACGGGUCAGCACCUCCGAAAGAAACGGAGGACUCCAUUCAGUGACUCCGCGAUCGCCCUCUAAACGAUCAGAAUAAGGUAAAGCUUGAAGAUAAGUUUUGUACUCUAUUAAUUUCUCAGUCCCUCUAGUCGGGUGGGCGCCGGCCGGUCUUUCGACCAGAUCCCCCUAAAAAUCGUACGUGCGCGUCUCCCCGCAUGCGGCUCACGCCAUUCGAGGUGGCCCAGCAUUCAUUCGCAAAUCCUGUAGUGAAAUUGAGACUGCUCGACCUCGGAAGCUAAUUCGCGUGUAGGCUGCGCUGUCUGUCGUACCGUUGACUCUAUCUAUUCAUUGAAUUUACUUUCAUUCAUUUUUUUUGUUUGAUAGGCUUGCUCCCUCUUUUUCCAAGAAUUAAUGCACUUCCCCUUGACUUUAGAGGGCCUUCUCUAAUAGGGGAAAAGCCUUCCAUUUCCGUAAAAUGACCCGGCCCCCCUGGCUCUUCCACCGUCCUGGCUCCCUUUCCUACCUAUGCUAUGCUCCCCCGGCACAGGCCUACCACGCUUCGCGCCUGCGGCGUUUUCGCCGGACGGUCUUUGCCAGUAGUGUCAUCCUCCCCGCUGGCUGUAUGGGCGGGUUGUCCCUCGCUGCUGCGUUCUGUUAGGCUAUGGAUUACAGGAACAAAUGUAGUUGAAUGAGACAGCAGGCGGGUUACACGUUCCGCUGUGCCGAGAUGUGAGGUGCAGGUGGUGAUGAUCACCCCGGGGUAUGCGCUAGCGCCCUUGACAGGCACUCCAGGACCCGCCAACGCUCAUGAAAACCCGGGUCGGUCCUCCAUUCAUCUGACCGGAGGUGUGGAUAACGAGGCCACCUUCACAACCUUCUCCCUUCUGUCCUUAUGUUGUAGUAAGGUAGGGCGGUUCGCUUGAGUUGCUCAACCGCCCCUUAGCCCGGUGCUCGUGACGCGCUACGGGACCUCCCCGUGCCGGGGGACCAAGCAGGGCAUAGCUAGCCGCAUAGGAGCCGACUCGGCGUCAGCGGCUUCGUGCCGCACUGGAGUGAUCCAAUAUGUGGUCCCGCACGUUCCACCACUUCUCCGUUCAUUUCCAAUACUGAUCGUGAAACACCAUGAGCAGCAAGAUGUUGAGGUCCGAAAUUCGAAGUGAAAUUUUUUAUUUGCCCGUUCCUAGUCGUCAUGGGAAAAAAGGAAGAAAUAAGAAAGAUAUUAUUCCCUAAGAGCUUGUCCAGUACUACCUGUACCAGAAAUGCAUCUCCUUGCGUGCGAGAGACUUCUAUGCCAGCCGCCGGCUCUGUUAUGAAAGAAAGCGGCAGACUCAUCUUACAGGUGUUCCCUAAUGAGGGAUUUUAGGGGAUUAGGGUUCUCCUUUAUCUCCUCCACCCAUCCGCGGAGGGUUUCAAUAUAAAUCUCCGCAGAUAUUUUAAGAUCGCGAGACAUAAUGUUCUCUGCGACACUGGAAUAGAUUUCUUCCAUUUCCGGAAAGUGAACGGAAAGCCGCCCUUUCCGCUUCUCACAAUAUUCCCGAACUUGCUCAAGAAUCAAUGAAUAGCACUUCGAAGUCCCUCAGAGGGAUCGGCGUGGGGAACUUCCACCGGUUCUGGACUGGAGCCUGCGGGUUCUGAAUGACCUCCCUCUCACGGUGAAAAAAGUGGUUAACCAUCUCGAAUAAAUCCAUAUCGUCCACCUGAAAAACGUGUCUCAACUACAACUAACUCCCCUGUUUCCCUAUCGAAAAACCAACCCUACUAAAUUUGUUCUAGAAAUGCUAACCAAGUUACACACUGGGGCCAUGGGUCAUGAAAGAGGUUUACCCCCAUCCCCCUUCACUAUGUAUGGCCAAUGAACUCCUCGCUUUAGUCCGUUCUUUUCCUUCUUUGGGCUCGGGUCGAUAGUAGUCGUGGUAGUAAUGUCCCGGAGCCCGGCUACCGACCCGAGGCGCUGAUCGGGAAAGUCAUAAAGGGACGUUAAACGUAAUUCUAGAAGGGCGUUACCACAAAAAAAAAUCCGAGUCUUGGUAGUUUACUUGCUUACUUGUUAGAGUCAGGCAGUUAAAGUGAAAGUUUAUUAGACUAGUCCCACUAAGAUGGCGGGGAAACUAACUUCCGAGAGAGCUGCUUUCGCCUCGGUAAUUACCUAACGAGAGAGAGUCGAUGCCAAAGUAGCCCUUUACGCGAGGCCAGACAGACUGACCUCUGCUAACUAAGUUUUUUUAUAUAGACUGGAAGCUAGAGAGAGACUAUACUAAGGUAUAAUGCCGCUACCAGAGAAGGCUGUUUCAUGCUAGGCGUCCAGACCUACUACGCCCGAGCCGCAUCCCCGGCACACUUGCUAUAUCCACUAAGGCUUCACAUCCCACUUCAUCCUACCAACUAUACCUUAUAUAAAUAGCCGUUCUAUAACAAUUCAAGACAACAAGAAAGCAAAAUAUUUGAUCAGACCUUUUCUUAUUUUUAUUUCCAUUUCUUUUUCCUUCCAUGGAACGGAACCUUAUUUGCCUUCGCCUCAGUAGCCGCUUUUGCUUAUGGUAAAUAAGUAUCCGCAGCUGUCUCCCCAGAGACUUAUGGUGGGUUUCAAUAUAUCUCUUUUCCACCUAGGUCAAAGGGGUAUGCCGCUAUGCUACACCGAAGUAUGCUCCUAGGUAAGCGACUGCCUUUGGAUCCGCCUCUCGAGCACGAGGGUCGUUUUCAUAAAAGGCUAUCGAUCAUGAAGGUUUGCCUAUGGCUCUGUAUCUACCUCUGUCUGCUGGUGCUUAUUUUUUUUAGAAGCUAAGUUGCAGGAUCAAUGGCUUAAACUACUGCUUCUUCAACGCUUCUCCUGCGACUUGUUCUCCUUUCGUCCUUGCUCCUGCACGCACCUAAAGGUACAGUAUCUAAACGCUCCUUCUGUUCUUGGGAAAGGGGGCCCAAGGCUCAUCCUUAUGCUUUCGAUUUUCGAGUGAAAAACUGAGUUGGGGAGACCUGUCAAGCUUUAGGAUAGCUCUUUUCAAAAUAUUUUAUUGUAAUAGAAGCUAAGCUUUUAUACCGAAUCGGGUUUGUUGAUGGAAUCAUAGCCGGGCCGGAACUCUUGAUCUAUCAAUAGAGGUUGAGAACUCAAUCAGGAAGGACUGCUAGUCAUCACCGAGGGUAUGACCAAGGAACUGCUGCUGAGAGCGAUAGACUUUCCAACUGAGAUGGAGAGAAUGCGCUCCUACUCUCUUUCAAUCGCCGAUGUUAAAACAUCGAGGGCGUAGACCCGAGGGGAGGUUGAGUCAGCAGCUAGUUUUGCCGGAAUAGGAAUAAACGAUGCAAUUUAAUCUGUAGGAGGAAGGUAGAGCAAUAGACGGAAUGAGUCUUAGUUUCAAUAUCCCCUGCUCUUGUUGUACUGUUCAUGGCAUGGUUUGGUGGGACCAAGAAUUGCUCUUGUUCCCGGACCGGGAAGUUUUUGCAUUGAUGCCGGGAAUACACACUCUCUUUCUCUUUGAAGGAAUCCGCAUGGAAGGCUCUCGACCGGGUCGUGGCAUUGCUCUGGAGUGGAGCCGGGGAAGGAGCGAAGGGCAGAGGAUUUAGCUUUGGCUUUGGUUCGGUUGACCGUAUGACUAUAG